UGUAUAUAAUUUCCGAUACCUUGAUGUUCACUCAGCGGUCGCUUACGCUAUACAUGAAGCCAGUGUAGCGCUCACCUUCUGCUGGUCAACCGCAUCCUGACCUGCUUUGGUCAACGAGGGACCUAAUAAUUGAUAUUUCAAUGUCGCAUAUUCAUUGGAUACUCCCUUUGAGGUAGAUGGCACCUCGUCUGAAGGCGUCUCGCCCCGUGGUUCCAUAUUUCAUACAUUGAUCCGCCGCGAUAAUUCAUACGAAAUCUGGGGGACGCGAUCUUUCCCAAGCAGGCAGCAUUGAGACGCCUGAUCACGUGAUCACGUGUUGCGGGUGAUGCCUUCACGUGCGUUCGAUGUCAUCUGCACUCCAACAUCAGGAGCAUCGCAUCAGAGCUCACUGCCCCUCAUGUGGAUCCUGGAUUCUGAUGGAGAUCUCUUGGAUAGAAAGCGCGUCUGGUUACGACCAGGGCAGAAGUAUCUCUUUGGUCGAAUAAGACAAGAUGGCGUCCGACAUGCCAUACAACAUAGUUCGAUAUCACGAAAGCACAUGGUGAUCGAAGUUUCUCCCGUUAAAGAUGGUGAUGGGUCACAAAUCUACGCGAAGUCGGAAAUCACAGUGAUCGACCAGAACUCCAAAUGUGGAACGGUGGUGGAUGGUACCCAAAUACGGGGCGAGAGUGUCAAUCUGACCGGUGAGGAGCAUACAAUGAAGUUGGGGAGAUACCAACAUUUGCUGCGGAUUAAAUGGCAGCCUACCGUGCUUACAUUUUCCUUCUCGUCUAAGGAGCUCAAAGCGAAAGAUCCUCUAGCCCAUGUCCGUUCACGUCUCGAAGAUCUAGAUAUUAAAACAAUCAUCCCAUAUAUCGUUGACAAAACAACACAUGUUGUACAGAGCAAACGCAACACAGCAAAAGGCUUACAGGCGCUGGUGAAUGGGAAAUACAUUGUUGCGAACUCAUACAUCAAUGCGCUUGUCUACGCUGCGACACCGAGUGACCUAGAAAACCUAGAGUCAUUGUCCCCGUUAGAGGUCGACUUCGACUCUGCAUGGCCAGAUCCAACUAAGCAUCUUCCACCGCCCGGCAAAGAACUUGUCCAUAGACCAGCCGAGGCAUUCGCACCUAUCCCGGAUCGCGUUAACCUAUUCGAAGGUUAUACGUUUGUCUUUGGUGAUGCCGCACAAUUCGAAAAUCUGCAUGAUCCCAUCGCCAAUGGGCACGGGAAGGCUUUGCUGUAUCAUAUUGAGAAUGGGGUAACUACAGCAGACGAGAUCGCACAGUUUAUGAGGAAUGCAGCCGGUGAAAAAGGUCUAGGGAGUCAAAGAGAUGGGCCCGGAGGGGUUGUUCUUGUUCGAUUCCGUGCAAAGGGAGGCUACGAAGAGUGGUCAAUCGAGCUGAGCAAUCAAGUUGCGCUUCAAACCAAUCAGCGCGUGAUUGAACAGAGUGAAUUUCUCGAUGCAAUUUUAGCAAACGAUGCCUCAUCCCUCUGCCGCACACUACCAUCACCAGAGCCCACAUCAAGUCAGGAAGUAAGCGCGACGCCGACAUCACAGCCUGCCGUAACACCUGUGGAAAAUGUUCAAAUCGUCGAUUCCCAGGCAGUUGAGGAACAUAGUCAACCGACUAAGUCGAAAUCAAAAGGCCCGCGCGUGCGCAGCUUUGUCAGUAAAAUGAAAACUUUUGAUGAUGGUUUUGACAUUAAUGCUAUUCCUGCUCAUCCUCCGGAUGACGAGGAUGUUGUUGUGGAUUCGUUGCCGGCUAUGGAUAUGGGGUCUUCGUCAGGGCAACAGACACAGCCGCGCACUAAUAUGCAGGAGGAAGAAGACGUACUCUCUCAACUUCUUCCUGGAGCUAAUGCGAUGAAACGUCGUCGCGCUGAGACGGUCCAAAGAACCAUGGAUGAUUCAACACCCCGCCUCAAGGAGGAAGUGCACCGACCCAAACGUCAGAAGUUAGACGUGCUCGAGGCUGCUCGGCAACAUCGAGAGGCAGAAGAGGAUGCCCAACGUCAACGCCGAGAGGAAGAAGAAGCUGAGCUCCAGAACUCUCUUAGAGAUAUUGAAAAUUUAAAAGGACUCGCUAUUGUGGAAGAGAUGGAGAUGCCGGUCCGAAAGAUUGCGGAUGAGGACAGCCGGUGGGAUGAGCGAUGGAAUGGACGGAAGAAUUUCAAAAAGUUCCGCAAAAAAGGCGAUCGGAACCGAUCUCGCCAUAGGAUACAAACAGUUAUUGUCCCGCUGGAAGAAGUGACACGCAAGGCCUUUGGCAUCGGCGAGCACUACUGGGUUAGCAGUAGCAAAUCUGCUGACAAUACUCAGACGGAAAAUCGCCGGGAACCUUCUGCAAUCGAGCAAGACACUGGAGAAUCGCGGUCUCAAUCUCUUGCUCGGACAGAGUCGGAGCCAACCGCCCCUCGAAGCCAGAAACGGUCUCGAGAGGAGCGCGACUCUGACAGUGAUGAUGAACUUCGUUUUCGCUUCCGCCGCAAGAGGUAAGGGUAAGUUAUUCGUGGCCGCAACACCAGCCGUGAUGGAGCCCCCGCACCGUAAUACGGUCGAACAUACCCAGUUUCGCUCAUACCUUCUCAAUCAGUCGCCGCUAUUUCCUUGUACUAUUGACCACAGUAGUUGUGGGAUUAUCUCCCCUUGGUGUUUUCCAGUUUCCGUGUGUAACUUCGGAAGCGUAUCUCUCAGUC